AUGGUUCUAAUGGUGCGAGCUGUGAAAACAUAUAUUUAUACAUUAAUCCAUAUUGCAGCUUGCUAAGGACCUAUUGCACCCUACUUUGGAGGCUGAGAGGCAAAGACACAAGAAGAAGAGGUUGGUUCAGAGUCCCAACUCCUACUUCAUGGAUGUAAAAUGCCCUGGUGAGUAUUAAGGAUGUAGGCUACAUCAACUGCCCAAGUUGCAACUUUUUGCAUUGACAUCUACAGUACCAGUCAAAAGUUUGGACACACCUACUCAUUCAAGGGUUUUUAUUUAUUUGUACUAAUCUUUACAUUGUAGAAUAAUAGUGAAGACAUCAAAACUAUGAAAUAACACAUAUGGAAUCAUUUAGUAACCAAAAAAGUGUUAAACAAAUCAAAAUAUAUUUUAUAUUUGAGAUUCUUCAAAUAGCCACCCUGUGCCUUGAUGAUAGCUUUGCACACUCUUGACAUUCUCUCAACCAGCUUCACCUGGAAUGCUAUUCCAACAGUCUUGAAGGAGUUCCGACAUAUGCUGAGCACUUGUUGGCUGCUUUUCCUUCACUCUGCAGUCCGACUCAUCCCAAACCAUCUCAAUUGGGUUGAGGUCGGGGUAUUGUGGAGGCCAGGUCAUCUGAUGCAGCACUCCUCACUCUCCUUCUUGGUACAAUAGCCCUUACACACCCUGGAGAUGUGUUGGGUCAUUGUCCUGUUGAAAAACAAAUGAUAGUCCCACUAAGCCCAAACCAGAUGGGAUGGCGUAUCGCUGCAGAAUGCUGUGGUAGCCAUGCUGGUUAAGUGUGCCUUGAAUUCUAAAUAAAUCACAGACAGUGUCACCAGCAAAGCACCCCCACACCAUAACACCUCCUCCUCCAUGCUUUACGGUGGGAACUACACAUGCGGAGAUCAUCCGUUCACCCACACCGCGUCUCACAAAGACAAUGUGGUUUGAACCCAAAAUCUCCAAUUUGGACUCCACACCAAAGGACACAUUUCCAUCGGUCUAAUGUCCAUCACUUGUGUUUCUUGGCCCAAGCAGGUCUCUUCUUCUUAUUGGUGGCCUUUAGUAGUGGUUUCUUUGCAGCAAUUCGACCAUGAAGGCCUGAUUCACACAGUCCCCUCUGAACAGUUGAUGUUGAGAUGUGUCUGUUACUUGAACUCUGUGAAGCAUUUAUUUGGGCUGCAAUUUCUGAGGCUGGUAACUCUAAUGAACUUAUCCUCUGCAGCAGAGGUAACUCUGGGUCUUCCAUUCCUGUGGCGGUCCUCAUGAGAGCCGGUUUCAUCAUAGCGCUUGAUAGUUUUUGCGACUGCGCUUGAAGAAACUUUCAAAGUUCUUGACAUUUUCAGUAUUGACUGACCUUCAUGUCUUAAAGUAAUGAUGGACUGUUGUUUCUCUUUGCUUAUUUGAGCUGUUUAUGCCAUAAUAUGGACUUGGUCUAUUACCAAAUAGGGCUGUCUUCUGUAUGCUCAAACGCAUUAAGAAGGAAAUAAAUUCCACAAAUUAUCUUUUAAGAAGGCACACCUGGCUAUUUGAAGAAUCUUACAUAUAAAAUAUAUUUUGAUUUGUUUAACAUUUAUUUGGUUACUACAUGAUUCCAUAUGUAAUUUCAUUGUUUUGAUAACUUCACUAUUAUUCUACAAUGUACUUUUUUUUUUUAAUAAAGAAAAACCCUUGAAUGAGUAGGUGUGUCCAAACUUUUGACUGGUAGUGUAUAAGAAUUAUAAUAAUUUACAAAAAAUAAAGCAUGAAAAUAAAUAUAGCAUUUACAAAUGUUUAUUAAAGAAAAAAUAUUAUAUAAGGUUACAGAAAAACACAUUUGUUUUCAACUUUAUUCCAGGCUGCUACAGGAUCACCACAGUGUUCAGUCAUGCCCAGAAAGUGGUGCCCUGUGGCGGCUGCUCCUUCAUCCUGUGCCAGCCCAGAGGGGGGAAAUGCCGCCUCACUGAGGGUAAGAAGACUGUUGUACAAUCACAUUGCUCAAUAACUUAUACAGUAGCAUAUGCCCAAAAUAUAUUAGUGUAGAGCUCUGUUGAAUGUCUACUGAUUAUUGACUUUACCAGUUCUCUUUCUCACCCCUAUCCAGGCUGCUCCUUCAGAAGAAAGCAACACUGA